AUGGGUAUCUCUAAAUUGGCCGCUGUGGCCGUGUUUCUUUCAGCACAAGGAGCUCUGGCCUCUCCAGCCUUCCCAGGCCAGUACAAGGCAAGAGCCCAACAGCUACUUACCGCAUACGACUAUGUUGUGGUGGGCGGUGGCGCUUCCGGUCUCACAGUCGCAAACCGAUUGUCGGAGAAUCCUGAUGUGACUGUUCUAGUUAUCGAAGCCGGAGUCCUCGACGCAAAUGAGGAUUUUGUCACCAUCCCGGGCCUCGCCGGCGGCGCCGUAGGCACGAAAUACGACUGGAAUCUAACUUACGUCGCAAGCGAUUCACUCGGCGGCCGAAACGUGUCCAUUCCGCAGGGCAAAGUCGUCGGAGGAUCUACCAAGUUGAACCGCAUGGUCUUCGACCGAGGGUCCAAGUCGGAUUACGAUCGCUGGGCAACGCUUGGAAAUGACGGCUGGAACUGGAGUGCCCUGUUGCCUUAUUUUAAGAAAAAUGAGAAAUUCACACCCGCAACCGCCGCCAUCGCGGCCGAAUACAAUAUUACAUAUGACGCUGCCGCUCAUGGUACUUCCGGAUAUAUGCAUUCGACGUAUUCGCCUUUCUUCUGGCCGACAACGAAAAACAUGGUCGGCGCUUUGAAGGAACUCAAGAUUCCAAUUGCAAAGGACCAAGCCAACGGCAGUCCCAUCGGCGGAUACUUUUGCCCUCAUAACCAAGACCCCGUGACAGAAACCCGCUCUUCAGCCCGAGAAGCAUACUACAAUAACUUCACCAAACGCCAAAACCUUCACUUGCUCACCGGGCAACAAGUAACGCGCAUCGUUACCCAGAAGAUUUCCGGCGCUGUGAAGGUGACUGAUGUAGAGUACGCUGCCUCUAAAAACGGUGCUCGUCAGACCGUGUGUGUCAAGAAGGAAGCCAUCUUGGCAGCUGGCUCGAUUCACACGCCUCAGAUCCUGCAGGUAUCUGGUAUUGGCAACCCAGCCACUCUUUCUAGCAUCAACGUUACCACUGUCGUCGACCUCCCCGCCGUGGGCCAGAAUUUGCAGGACCACGUUUUACUCGCCGUGGUCAACGUCAUCACCGCACCUCUGACAAGCAGCAAUUUGACCAGCAAUGCUACGUUCGCUGCCGAGGCACGAGCUCAGUAUGACAACCAGAGGCAAGGUCCCUACACUUCACCAACUGGAGACUUCUUGGCCUUCUUGCCUCUUUCAACCUACUCGAAAAACAGCACCAGCAUUCAUGCCCAAGCCGUUGCCCAGGAUGGCACAACCUUUCUCCCUGCGGGGACUCCGGCCGAGGUUGUAAAGGGCUAUCGAAAGCAGCAAUCGGUUCUGAACGACAAGUUGCCCAAGUCGGAUUCGGCAAUCCUCGAGGCGAUCUGGGCGGACGGUGUCUUUGUCCUAGGCCUGCAACAUCCUUACUCACGUGGUAGCGUGAAGGCAUCGUCCGCCAAUAUCUUCGACGCUCCCAUCGCCGAUGCUGGUCUCCUCCGAAAUCCCUUGGACGUGAAAAUUCUCGCAGAAGGUGUGAGAUUCACCCGAACACUUACCGCUACGUCGGCAAUUGGGUCUCUCCAGCCUUUCGAGGUUGUACCUGGAGCAAGUGUGGCGAGUGAUGCGGAUCUGGAGCAGUUCAUCCGUUCAAGCGCUUCGACUCUCUUCCACCCAGCUGGCUCCUGCAAGAUGGGCAAAAGAGAGGAGGGCGGCGUUGUUGAUGGCAAGCUCAAGGUCUAUGGUGUGCAGGGACUCCGAAUUGUUGAUGCUAGUGUGAUGCCUUUGUUGCCAGCUUCUCACACUAUGACGACUGUAUAUGCCGUUGCCGAGAGGGCUGCGGACAUUAUUAAGAGUGGUUGAGAAUAAAAGGAUACAAAGUAAACGCGAUGUUGUGGGGGUAUAUAGUAGUCAUCGCAAUAUCCAGGACCU